AAGAAGAAGAAGACCCCUUCACAAGACAUGUGCGUACAACGUGCACACAUCUAAGAAAGAGAUCAACAACGAAGAGGAGACUCCUGUUGAAGAAAAAUUAAUGGAGUUCAAAGAGGUCUACAUCAAGCCAGAGGAAGAGAUGGAUGAUCAGCGCAGGCUGCUGGAUCUCAGCCGGAUCCCCCUGAUAAUCUUACACCGAAUAGAUUCCCAAAAAUAUUGUGUGUGUAAAGUAGAGGGAGUUCUCACUGAGAUCAGCAACCAGGAGGGAAACUCCUCUUUAUAUAAAGAGGAAGCAGAACCUCUGCAGAUAAAACUGGAGCAAGAGGAACAAGAACAUCAAAACUUUAAGAAAGAAGAGAGGCGACUCUGCGUCAGUCAGAUUGAAAAGCAAAUUUUGCUGAAAGAGGAGACUGACAACAUUUUAACGAUUCCUUCUUAUGUGCAAAGACUCCACAAUGAAACAGAACAUAACAGGACCCAACUCAUCUCUCAGGCCUCCCCAGAAGUUGAGAACUGGGAUCAAGGAGGAAACAAUAAUAAGGACCCAGGAAAACGGAGAGAAGAGCAGAAGCAAAAUGAGAGAUGUGAGAAAACCAGACCGCAGAAGGGCACUGCAGAUGUUUCAAAACAAAAAACAAACACGCAAACUCACCCCGACCAAAAUAGAUAUUCUUGUCAAAUUGGUUCUAUAUACUUUUCUCAAAAAAGUCACCCGAGUACACACAUGAGAACAUACAAGGUUAAGAAGCCUUUCACAUGUACAACCUGUGGAAAAUGUUUUGGUCAUAGUAGCCAUUUAAAAAUUCACAUGAGAACUCAUACAGGUGAGAAGCCUUUCACAUGUUUGACCUGUGGAAAAACUUUGACACAAAAAAGUUAUUUGGCACGUCACAUGACAAUGCACACAGGUGAGAAGCGUUUUGAAUGUGUGAAUUGUGGGAAAGGUUUUUGGAACGAAAGUUCUUUGAAAACACACAUGCGAGCUCACACAGAAGAGAAGCGUUUCGUAUGUGUGAAUUGUGGGAAAGGUUUUUGGAACAAAAGUACUUUAAAAACACACAUGCGAGCUCACACAGAAGAAAAGCCUUUCACAUGUUUGACCUGUGGAAAAUGUUUUAGUGAAAAGGGCAGUUUAAAUAUUCACACAAGAAUUCACACAGGUGAGAAUCCUUUCACAUGUGUGACCUGUGGAAAAACUUUUACACAAAAAUAUAAUUUGGAAAGUCACAUGAGAACUCACACAGGUGAGAAGCCUUUCACCUGUGUGAACUGUGGAAAAUGUUUUAGCCAAAAAAGCUGUUUACAAACUCACAUGAGAACUCACACAGGUGAGAAGCCUUUCACAUGUGUCAACUGUGGAAAGAGUUUCGUUGAUAAAAGUAGUUUAACUUAUCACAUGAGAACUCACACAGGUGAGAAGCCUUUCACAUGUGUCAACUGUGGAAAGAGUUUCAUUAAGAGACGUUAUUUAAAUCAUCACAUGAGAACUCACACAGGUGAGAAGCCUUUCCCAUGUGUGAACUGUGGAAAGAGUUUCAGAUAUAGAAAUCAAUUAAAUUGUCACAUGAGAAUUCACACAGGUGAGAAGCCUUUCGCCUGUGUGACCUGUGGAAAAUGUUUUAGUCAAAACUGUUUACAAUCUCACAUGAGAACUCACACAGGUGAGAAGCCUUUCACGUGUGUGACCUGUGGUAAAAGUUUUACUAGAAAAGGUUGUUUAGUACGUCACACAAAAACUCAUACAGGUGAGAAGCCUUUCACUUGUGUGACCUGUGGGAAAGGUUUUACUAGAAAAGGUUGUUUGGUAGCUCAUAGAAAAACUCAUACAGGUGAGAAGCCUUUCGCCUGCGUGACCUGUGGGGAAGGUUUUCCUACAAAAUAUUGUGUGGUACGUCACACAAGAACUCAUACAGGUGAUAAUUCUUGUGCCAUCAAGCCAUGAGGAAAAAUCGUGACUGAGUUGUAAGCAAUGAAAUUUGAUACUUUUACAGGCACCAAGGAACUGCCCCCCCUCAGCAGUGUGCUGUUACUGUAAAGCCAAGUUGCCACAGACUUAUCCUUCUCUUUUCCUGUGGACCCUCGAGGAGAGAGUUCGCUCUGGGGAGACGAGCAUUGAUAUGGGCCGCAUGGGACUCAAAGACUCACAAGCAUCUGCAGGGUCAGCCAGGCUGAGUAAAGUCUGCUUUAUGUGAAACUAUUAUAAUCAAACUAUUGGUGAUCUGUCUAAGCUGUACAGGACAAAGCUGACCUUGGAGCGGAGCCACUAUCCAGCAGGAGUGCAGAGACUCCAUGCUGCGAUCCCCUUCACAGGCCAGAGACCCGCCUAGGACCCUGGGCCUUUUCCCCAUGGCUAUGUCUCAAGAUAGCCACUGUGGCUUCUGAGAUAACCAGCUUUCCCAUGGACUAACUCAACGAUCAGCUUCCUGUACUCUUAUCAUUUGGGCUACCACUCAAAUUUGGUUCGUUCCAACAUAAGGCUUGUUUCAUUUCACUCCACCAUCUUUCGAUAAUGCUAUCAGCCUUAAUACUGCAUUAAUAUGGAACAUUAAUGUUGAUUUAAUGGUGUUAUGUGUAACUUUGGGAUUAACCCAUUUAGCGACCAAUCGUUACAGUGACCCCUAGCUUCCCAGAAUAAUAAUCACAUUAAUAAAAUCAAGUGUCCUAAAGUUAAAGUUAUGGAUUUUACUGAGCAAAUCGUUCUGUAAAAUGUUAUCAAAUCCUGUUUGUGUAACUCAGCAUCUGCAUUGUGAAUGGGUUGAAACAUACCAAAUGUUGUUCUAAAUUAGUCAAGCUAAUUUAACCUCAUUCCACAUUCUUUAAGGUGAACUUUGGUUCUUUGACUUAGAUCUUCAGUGAACCAGGAAUCACUGAAUCAUUCUGAUGAUGAUCAUUUUAUUUUAUCUUUUUCCUUCUCUUGUGUGUAUAUAGUUCCUUGGCUUCUUUUUUAUCUUCGUUUUGCUUAGUAGUUUUAGUUAAGUUUCACUUGCCUAGUAGAGAUGAUUUGUUGAUUGAAAUAUAGUGUUAAU